AUGUUCAAUACACCGCCGCGCGAUAAAAUAAUAUCGUACAAAGAACGCCAUAGACUGACCGAUAGGUUAGAAUGUGCUUCGGAGCAUGUGCUCGCUAAAGACACCGCCGCUGUAAUUCCGCCGCGUAGCACGUUGGAACUGGAUGCCCGUGCAAAGGCAAAAAUUCAACUGGAUUUGAUUGAUAAGGAGCUGGAAGCUAACCUGGCCAUCAUCACGGAUGGCAGCAGAAGGUCCAUUCACUCUUCUAAGCACGCUUCAGUAUAUGACCCACAUAUUCAUUCCCAUGUUGAAGACUGGCUAGAACAGAGUAAUGUACAACCGCCGUGUAACGCUGAUCAGGAGUUGAACACGGCACCGAUGAUGCAAGCAGUGCCGGCAACCGAUUGUCCACAACAUAGCCGCCCUGCACCAGUCAAUGGAGAAGAUAGUAUUCUGCAGCUAGCACACACCCUGAAGGAUAUGAUGGUGAACUCAUCAUCACACCAGGAUGAGCGCUUACUAACCCGUCUCGCCACACCGAGGGAAUUACCCACUUAUUUUGGCGAUUGCAUGGAGUGGUUACAUUUUAAAAGUGCAUACAUGGAGUCCACUCGCGUGUGUCAGUUUAGUGAUUCGGAGAACCUGUGGAGGUUACGCCGUGCACUAAGAGGUGAUGCUAAGGAGGCAGUCACCGAUCUGUUAAUAAAACACGUCACCCGGCGACAUCAUAUCUGCGCUGGAACUGAGGUUUGGCCGUUCCGAUAUUAUUAUUCACCAUAUGAUACACCAAAACUAAUGUUAUAUGCAUCUUUUUUAAAACGUGAGGCUGAAAUGACGUCGGCUCUCGGUCUAUCACAGCCGCGAGAACAAAAGAAACCCGACAUGCCUACAAUAAAUAACAAGCGAACAGAUGAUCGCUACCGCUACAACUAUAAUAAACAAGUAUUUACAACUACAACUAUCAAUGAAUCAAAAUUAUGUAGAUUUUGCAACAAAUCACAACACGUAUUGCCAGAUUGUCGAUUAUUUCGAAGAGCUAUGCGUAAGGAUCGAUGGAAUUUUGUUAAAAAUAACAAGCUAUGUUAUUGUUGUUUAUUGGCGCGACACGAUCGUAUGUCAUGCGCUGCACCUGUAUGUAACAUAGACGACUGUGGGCUGGCGCAUCACACAUUGUUGCAUUACAGAAAGCCCAUCCAUACAGACACACAGCCCGUGACCACUAUGGCGACAUCAUCACAACAUGAAUCAUCGAGUACCGACGCGACUGUAGCCUAUGUGAACUCCGCUACCGACGGGACUGCGCCCGGGCUACCGGGGCGCGGUCGCUCCCCCACAGUGACGUCAUGUGAUGUGAUACUCAAAGUAGUUAAAGUGAAGUUAAGUGGACCCAACGGUACAGUGAGUACUUAUGCCUUAUUAGAUGACGGUGCUUCGAUAUCGAUGAUCGAUUCCGGCUUAGUAAAUGAACUUGGUCUUAAAAGUUUAAGUUCUAGUUCUAUUAAAUUAAUUGAUGCUUUUGGUUUAGAAGUAUACCAGUCUGAUGCUCCUAAAGUCUGUUUAAAUAUUUCUGGCUAUGAUAAUUGUAACUAUAAUAAGUGUAACUAUAAUAUAACUUUACGUAAUGUAUCUAAACUAAAAUUACCUAUGCAAAAUUUGUCUGUAAUAAAUAAUAUUCACUGUGAUUAUUUAUCAUCUGUAAAACAAUUUGUAUGUACUGAGAACGUGGUGCCUCGUCUGUUAAUAGGUGAAGAUAAUUAUUUUCUUUUAGCGCCGUUAGAAAUAUUACACGGUAAUAAAUAUGAACCCUAUGCAACGCGUUGUCGCUUAGGCUGGUCGAUACAUGGUAGUUAUGGUCGCACGAACUCAUCACUCACACAGGGGCACAGCUUCCACGUUACACACAACGACGAGGUAAGUGAAAUUACUAUAUUAAACAACUUAGUUAAAAAUUCAUUUGAACUGGACUGCAUAGGAAUAUCAACCUUACGCCGUGAGAAUACGGCCGAUUUAAGAGCGGUUAAUAUAUUAGAUCAGACCGCGCGAAACAUAGGUAACAGGUGGGAGGUCGGACUGCCAUUCAUUAAGGAUGUUUUAUGUAUACCUGAUAGUUACAACUAUGCACUAUCACGCUUGAACGGGUUAUUGAGAAAAUUUAAGUCGGACAGCGCGUACGCUGAUAGGUAUAAAACAGAGAUGCACAAGUUGUUUGAUAAUGGUUAUGCUCGAGUUUUAAAGGAAAAUGAACUUGUAGGUAAUCGUAUAUGGUAUCUCUGUCAUUUUGGCGUGCUAAAUCCGAACAAACCCAGUAAGCUGAGGUUAGUGUUUGACGGCGCCGGUAAGGUCAACGGCUUGUGUUUAAAUGACUUCUUACUUACUGGACCCGAUUUGUAUAACUCAUUACUAGGUAUUAUGUUGCGAUUCCGCGAACAUAAAUAUGUUAUAGUAGGCGAUAUAAAGGACAUGUUUUUACGUAUACGUAUCAGAGCUGAAGAUCAACACUUAUUUAGGUUUUUAUGGCGGGAAGACGACAAGUCCCCGUUAAAAAUAUGUGUCAUGCAAAGUUUAGUUUUUGGUGCAACUUGUUCUCCAUUCAUUGCGCAACAUAUAAAAAAUAAAAAUGCGCUUAAAUAUGAGGAUUUGUAUCCGGAAGCGGUAGAUGUUAUUAUUAACAAUCAUUACAUGGAUGACUGUUUGUACUCGUGUGACAGCGAAGAAAAAGCAAUUAAAUUAGUUCGUGAAAUUACGGAAAUACAUAGUUACGGCGGAUUCGAGAUAGGCCGCUGGUCGAGUAAUAGCAAACCGGUUUUGAACACAAUACCGCAUCGAGCGCUCACUCAGUCUGCUGUUGAUUUUAAACACGGAGCUAAUAAUACAACUGAGCGCACUCUCGGUUUGAUGUGGUAUCCUAAUGACGAUGCAUUUGCUUUUAAAAUAUCAUUCAACCGUAUUCCGCAAAACAUAAUAAAUGGCACGGAGCCACCUACGAAAUCUCAAAUGCUUAACAUACAACUCCACACUUUUUGUGAUGCUUCAACAAAGGCAUACGCUGCCGUAUCUUAUUGGCGAUUGAUUCGGUCGGAUUGUUGUGUUCAAGUUAGUUUCGUUGGUAGUAAAAGCAGAGUGAGUCCACUCCGUCCUAUUUCAAUACCGAGGCUUGAAUUACAGGGAGCGGUAAUAGCCGCCCGCCUUGCAAAUAUUAUUGAGACCGAUCAUAAGGAUUUUAAACCAGCAAGGCGUUACUUUUGGACAGAUUCUAGUACGGUUUUACAAUGGAUCCGUAGCGAUCCGCGUAAUUAUAAACCUUUUGUCGCUCAUCGACUCGGUGAGAUAGAUGAGCUGACGAAAAACUGUGAGUGGCGUCAUGUGCCGUCUGAUGCUAACGUAGCCGAUGUAGCUACACGAGAUGAUGCAUCACCACUGUCAUACUCAGACCCGUGGUUCCAGGGUCCUGCCUUUCUACGGCGACCUGAGAGUGAGUGGCCUAAAGAUCGUAAGUUCUCCAAGACAUCGCAAGAUGUGACUUGUGAAGAACGAUCAAUUAAUGUGGUUAUAGGCGGACAUAGAAUUACUCGGCUCCUGGUCUACCACCACCAUAAAGAAGCUAUGCAUGGUUCUAACGAACUCGUUGUAAACCAGUUACGACAACAGUACUGGAUACUUAAAUUGAGACCAACAGUUCGUACUGUGUCUACCCAGUGCCUCACCUGUCGGUCACGUCGCGCCGCACCGCAGCCUCAGCGGAUGGCUGAUUUGCCAGCGGCGAGACUACAACAUAAUAGGAGGCCGUUUAGUUACACUGGCGUUGAUUUUUUUGGACCUAUAGAAGUCACUGUCGGUCGCAGGAGGCAGAAGAGAUAUUGCAUGCUCUUCACAUGCUUGACAGUACGUGCAAUUCACAUGGAAUUGACUGAAGAUCUGUCCAGUGAUUCAGCAAUAAUGGCUUUACGUCGUAUGGGAGCCCGGCGGGGUUUACCUCUAGUUAUCUACUCAGAUAACGGAACUAAUUUGUGCCGACUCUGA